AUGGCCUCAUAUGGAUUUCUCUUCUUGGGAAGUGUGGCAACUGGACUUCCUCCUGGUUCUACCUGCGACCUUUCCCCAAUGGAGAACGAGGCUUUCAUGCCAAUCAAUUGGCAGCUGCCAAUGACGGAUGAAGCUCAGACAAUCCUUUUUCAAAGAAUCCAGGCAACCUUUGACAGAGAGACUACCAUGGUGCCAGCCCAGUCCAAAAAGAAAUACCGACUGAGCCAAGAGAAACUGCAAGCCUUGCGGAACCUCACCUGCCUCUUCGCGCAGCUUUUCCCUCACAUCAAGACCAGAUUGCCCCCUCCAGAGUCUGAGAAGUGGCUCCAAGAGUUUUCAUCAAGCUCCCAGAGGGAUGAGGACAUGAAGUUCAUCUUGGAGUCUCAACCAUCUUCGUUUGCCCUUUCUAUGUUGCCUUCAUCCCGUGCAGUUGCCCAAGAACAAGCCCAGCAAAGGGAACAAUCUAUUUGUCUGAGCGUGGAGAAGCAACGACUUGAUGUCAUUGAUGCCCAGUGGAUUUUUUCAAGUCAGGACUUCAACGUGACCAAGUGCUCCUACAAAAGAUCAAGGAUGUAUCCCCCUGUGAAAGUGACCACCUUGAAAUCGGACCAGAAGUUUGGGAAGAAAAAGACACACAAGCGCCACAUCUUUCUGACUGGUAACCUUGAAGCCUCUCCUGAACAACAAGGCCUUCCAUUGGACAUUGACCUGUUGAGCCCGAUUGUUUACUUUCAGGAUGCCCAAUCUCCCAUUGACGAGUGCUUCUUUCAGGAUGCCCAAUCUCCCAGUGACGAGUGCUUCUUUCCGGAUACAAUUCCUGAUGUCCCUGUCCCUGAGAACUUAGACCAGCAUAGGACCAGUAGCAAAGGUGUGGAGGGUCUGGACAAAAACAUGAACAGCCCAACGCCAGCAAAAAAUUGUGGAUGCACCGGGGAUGACAUUACCUUCGUCAGCUUGGUUGACUUCAACGCACCGGGCUGUCGCUCCAGUGGCAAUGUUGAGGCCUUGUGUGAGCGGGUGGCGAUGGUCAACAACUUGGCACCCGAGCGCAAUUGUGCACUUUGCAUCCUUCCUGAUGUGCCACGAGAUUCGUUUGACCGGGACAAGAAAAGCCUGAGCAAGUCGAACUCCAGAAGGUUUGGUCAGGGGAGAAUAGUGGUGGCCCAUGAGAAGUUUGAGACGAACCCUUGGCUCACUGUUUCUGACCUUGCUGUGGCAGGCAGACCUGUCCAACAGAACGAAUCUGAGCAAGAACAGUCGGCAGCGCAGAAGGGAAUUCAAAGGGCUGAGAUUCUUUUGAUGAGCCUGUUCAAGAACAUGAAGCUCAAAGGCCCGGCAAUCCUGCUGAACUGGACAGGAUACAUCGAGGAAUCUGCGACAGCAGUGUUCAACCUCUGCCAGAAGGGUAUCAUCAACGAAUUUGACUUCCAGUCUGUGUACUACUUGAGCAUCCAUUUUCUGGAUUCACAUGAGAACGCCAUGUACGGAAAGAACAGGAUUCUGCGGGAUCUCCUCGAUGCUUGGUGUGAGAAGCGCAUGACCUAUGCCGGUGUCAAGUACAAUGACUCUGACUUCAAGUUGUCAGAGCAAGAGCUGUCUGCGAUCCCAGGUGCUGAAUGCAUCAAAAGUGUUGAUGCUUUGAAGUUGGAAGUCACAGUUCGAACCGGGUCUGCUGUGGAAAUCCACCCAGAUCAGGCCAAGCAGUGGAGAGCCCAAGGAGGCAACUACACCGCUGAGUUUGAAAAGCUUGUGGCCCACCAUGACCAGCACUACAAGAAUAUGCUCUCAGGUGUGAUCCAAACUGGAGGGGAUGGGGGUGGUGCAGAAGCAACAUCCACUGACAAGCAGGUUAUCCCUGUCACCGAUGAGGCAGAUUCGUCCCAGACAGCCGCAGCAGCAGCAGCGCCCGUCCAAGAGUUUGAGAGCAUGGACUCCCUGAAAGCUACGGAUGAGUUGAAUUCAAAGCUGUUUCAGAGAUUGCAGAUGUUGAGUUGUGGCGUGGCAAGAGCAACAGCACCUACCUUGUUGCCACCAAGAGAAAUCGUGACCUCCCUGCAAACACCCUGA